UUAUUCUUGCACUCUUCAGUGGCGUUUUGUUUGUAGUUUUCUCUGAAUAUAACCAUAUGGCCAGUUAGCUUACUAGCUAGCUGAACAGAACUGUCUGUGUACACUAGAAACCAUUCCUCAACAGUUCACAUACGUCAAAGCUGUAGCUACCACUUUGAAGGAUCUAACCGUUAACUUAGUGAGCGAAUCGACCAUCAAGUCGACCUACCAGAUGUGAAUAAUGCUAACGUUAUCUGUUAGGGUAAGCUAAUUUCGUUGUUAGCUAGACAGUCCUAGCCAACACCCUCAUGAGGCAAUCCAACUCCGGAGAAUUAGCUAGCUACCAUCUGUAAACAAGUCUGACUAACUUGGGUUUUGCAUCUAGCAGCAAAGAACAAUCCAACAGAAUGUCAGGUGAUGCCAUUCUGCUGAAUGUACCUGUCAUUCGGCAGCUGUACCACUGGGACUGUGGAUUAGCCUGCGCAAGAAUGGUUUUGAAGUACCUCCACCCUGUGAGUGAUGAGGAGUUUCAGGGUGCUUGCUGGGAGCUGAAGCUGACAAAGAGCGUGUGGACAAUUGACUUGGCCUACCUCAUGUGCCAGCUGGGGGUCAGGUACCGCUUCUGCACUCAGACACUGGGUGUUGACAAGGGCUUCAGGAAUCAGUCCUUCUACAAAAAGCAUUUUGACACUGAGGAAGACAGAGUGAACAAACUCUUCCUUAAGGCUGAGAGCAAGAAUGUCGUGGUGAAACAAUGCUCUGUGACAAUUCAGGAAAUCCAGGAACAUGUUGACCUGAGCCAUGUGGCCAUAGUGCUGGUCAACGCUGUGGUUCUGGUGUGUGAACUCUGCUCUCCGCCUGUCAAGUACUGCUGUUUCCUGCCUGUGGGCCAGAAGUGCUUCUGCAGGAAGCCAGAAUACCAGGGUCACUUCGUGGUGGUGUGCGGCUUCAACCGGAGCAGCGGCUGCAUCUUCUACAACAACCCUGCCUACUCAGACCGCGUGUGUUGCACCAGCAUUAGUAACUUUGAAGAGGCUCGAAUGAGCUACGGGACAGAUGAGGAUAUUCUGUUCAUCUUCAAGGAGAGCUGAUGGUGGCGGUGCAGAUGACGAUGCAGAUGGUCUCCACAUCAUCAUAGCGUCCCAUCCUCACUAUGAUGACACAACAGUGGGUCUACAGGUCCCUGAACAGGGACUGCUGGUUCCAGCUCUGGCCCAGUGUUGUAGAUGGGCCUGGGCUGUCCACUCCAGUGCUAACAUGGCUGAUUGCUCACAGAACAUACAACACCACUCCAACGUCACCACACAUAGCCCAUGCUAGUCGUCAGUGUCUAAAGGAAUAACAGCUGAAGAGAUCCACAAAGCAAGUGUUGUUUUUAUGUUGGUUGGGGGACAAGCAGAUAGAUGAAAUAGAAUACAUUUUGACAGUGUCCCCUUUUGUUUAGUUUUAGUUGAUUCUACCAAUUGACAUUGUGAAAUAUUUAGCAGUGCAAGCCUAUAAAUCCUAUUCCUAAUGCUGAGUGGACAAAAUGCCAAUGACACAAGUUGUUUCUUAACUUGGAGACGAGGGCAAAACAAUGCACAUACGAGGGCUUGCACAUACGAGGGCUUACGGCAACAUGAUGCUUUCUUAAUGGUUUAUUCUGGUGUCAUGCUAUUUGUCAUGCAAGUCUGAUGGGCCAUGUUCAUAACACUUUGCCCAAUACAUAUAGUGUUCCCUCAGUCCACUACUCCACUAUCACAUAUUUACAAUACAACAUCCAUGUGUACGUGUGUGUAGAGUGUGUGUCUUAUCAUGUGUAUGUGUGUGUGUCUCUUCACAGUCCCCGCUGUUCCAUAAGGUGUAUUUUUAUGUUUUUUCAAAUCUAAUUCUACUGCUUGCAUCGGUUACCUGAUGUGGAGUUCCAUGCUGCCAGAGCUCUACAUAGUACUAUGCGCCUCCCAUAGUCUGUUCUUGACUUGGGGAACGUGAAGAGACCUUUGGUGGCAUGUCUGUUUGUUAAACUUAACUUAUUAUUUAGAAUUUGCUAAUAACGGAAUAGAGGGAAAAUUGUUUUUGAAGGACUCAGGUAAUUAAUGUUCAUGAAGUCUGAUGUGUUGUACUACGAUGGCAAACCCAUUUCAAACUCAUUUUCUUAAUUCAAAACGCCUCAACCAAUAGCCUGUUUAUGGAACCAAAUCUGCCCGGCAGGCUUAGAUGUCGGCAAUCGGAACAUCAUGUUCAACCUCAGCCAGCUGCUUUGAACAGACUUUGCUCUUGUUGUGUAUACCAGUUAAUCAGUUAACUUCGUUUUCAUCGGAAGGUCCCUUUUUAGGGUUGCACUACAUGCCUCAAUCUCCAUGCUCUUUAAGUUAGAAAAAAGAGAGAAUGGAGACAGUGUAAAGUCUGAUACUCAGUACGGGGUAUGGAUGCUUUGUAGGUUUUUCUUCAGUGUAUGACAACGCUACAGUAAGGUUUUAAAGGAUUUCGAUCAUAAGAUGUUCUCUGUUGAAAACUGCAAUCAAGUAGAGACAACACAUCUUUAUUUAAUUCUCAUUCAACAUUUAUUUUUACAUUUUGCUAUCAUGGAUGAUAUUGCACUAUGGUAUUUGUACCAGCCAUAAUUAUGUAUUAUUUAAUUUAUAUUUUAACAAGAUAUUUUACCAAUCUACUAAUUGGGUGGGAAGACAAUUUAUUCCUGGUUGUGUACUUGUUAUCUAUUAAAAUUGCGAACUUUUUUUCUUACAAUUCCAAUUAUGUACUGUAAUCAAUAAAAUAAUUUUAACAAA